CACGGGGCGACAUCUCCCGGCGUGGCGAUCACGGAAGUCUUGUCAAAGCGGAACCUCUGACGUGUCAUGAAAUCGCCAUUUUCCUGAGGAAGGAAACGCCUUGAAGAAGGAAGCAAACACAUCAACUGUGUUUCUCUCUCUUUUUUUUUUGUUGCCAAAGGUAGGUUCCCAUCACCGUUCGCCAUGGGGAAUAUGUUCGCAGGGCUCUUUAAAUUUUUCGGGAAAAAGGAUAUGCGGAUCCUCAUGGUGGGUCUGGACGCUGCUGGAAAGACGACGAUUUUGUACAAGCUCAAACUCGGAGAGAUUGUGACUACUAUUCCCACAAUAGGUUUUAAUGUAGAGACCGUAGAAUACAAGGGCAUCAGUUUCACGGUAUGGGAUGUUGGUGGUCAAGACAAAAUACGACCGCUGUGGCGUCAUUACUUCCAGAACACACAGGGUCUCAUCUUUGUUGUGGACAGCAACGACAGAGAGCGAUGUGCGGAGGCCGCUGAGGAGCUUAAGAGAAUGUUGUCAGAGGACGAGCUGCGUGAUGCCGUCGUGCUAGUAUUUGCCAACAAACAGGACCUUCCUAAUGCUAUGAAUGCAGCAGAACUCACAGACAAGCUGGGCCUUCAUGAAUUACGUGGCAGAAACUGGUACAUCCAGGCGACCUGUGCCACCACCGGGGAUGGCCUCUAUGAAGGACUUGAUUGGUUGUCUCAUCAGCUCAGGAAUCUUUAAUAAUCUGCUAUACAUGACUUAUUUACUCCAUCCAGUCUCUGGCCUUGCUCUCUACUGGAAGCUGCCCUCACCUUUGCUUAUUAUUUUCACAAAUACACAGGCCAGAGGUGGAGGUGAUCUCUUCUUAUAAAUCUGUCAGUUUUUUUAUUUUAUUUUAUUCUGUAAAUAUAUUUGGUAAUGGGGCAGCUUAUUGCACUCUUACAAAUGUUUUUUUUUUUCUUUUUCUGGUUGUUGCACAGCCAUUUGUGUGCAUUUAUUUAAGAAAAGGGAAGAGAGGGAAUCUGAAUUUACCAGCAAAUGUUGGCCCCAAGACCUCAAUGCAACCUGAUUACUUGUUAUGAUCCGGUCAUAUGUACUGUAGAGAAAGAUCCACGAGGGGCUUUUCAUUUUUUUUUUACUGAAUUAAACACUGAUGCACUACUUGCAGCUACUAUAGUUACUUUAGUGACUACAAGUACCAGCACCACAAAUUACAGAUGAUCAUUUAUUAAACACUGGCAUUGAUGAUUUCUACUCUGUACUGGCAUCACGUUGUCCAUGUCUGUGAGCAUUUACCAGCCUUUGUCAUACAGUAUGUUGGCUUUAAUUGAGAAAUGCUGCGAUGAUCUCACAUAUUCAUGCUUUAUGGUUGUUUCAGAGGUCUGUUGAGUCAGCGUUGGAUUUUUGUAUCUCAGAGUCUCAGGUUUAUCAUGUGCUGCCUUUGCAAUAUACUUCACAAAACUGCAUCAUGUGGUCUGUUGGUCUCUAAGGACAUGCAUAUUUACUGGGUGUAUCUCAUUAGGCUUCACAGGUACUAUUAUACCCUACUGAUUACUUAUUCUUACGUCAGGUAAUAUUGACUAAAGGAGUUGCACACCACAAUAGGCGUACUGUCUUCAUGAAAACAAGUUACUCUUUAUUUUAAUCUGGGAAGUGGUGUUUUAAUGGCAAUACACAGUCUUGUUUAAGGUAAUGCCAGUAUUUCUUCCAUUGCAGCACAUUGUCCUUGGGGGUAAACAGGAAGCCUGACAUAUGCCGCCUUAUCCAAGACGCGCGUUGCCUUUUGUUUUAAAGCUUCUUUUCUAAAAGGUGUGGGUGUUAUCUUAUUUUGCUCUGAAGAUGUCUUGGAGAUGCAUUAAACAUUUUUUUUGAUUUAUAAUUGCUUAAAUAUAUGAACAUUAUGUUAAUCAUGUACUUAGGUUUGUCUUUUUUUUUUAAAUGUAAACAUUUCAUUUUGUGAGGAAAUGAAACUGCAAUUAAAUUGAUGGGAUAAAUGUU